AAAAAUAGACGCUUAAUUAACCUUCGUAUUCCUGAAACGAUUAAGUUCGAUUUUAGAGUUAUACUGUUGAGAAGAAUGAAAGAACUAUAGGAUAAUUUUUUGACGAAAAAUUAUCAUACUGACCUUUUCCUGCCGCUCAAAAAAUGUUCGCGAAAUGUUAGGUCGUAACAGCAUUCAUCUUGUCUUCGAUGUACUGUUUUACGAAAGGAAAGACUGUCCUCUUAAGGGCGACAGCGAGGCUACAAUAAAUUCACUUUCAUCGUAGAAAUGCCUCGAUACCUUAAGGAACACUUUUGAGGAACGUAGCACCCAAUAUACGUCAGUCAGCUCCAGAAAACAGCCUGCAAAUGCUGAUAGUGAACGUAAACAAUUCACAGAAAAUGCCUGUGUGGUACAGACCAUGUUGACGCAUGCGCAUACAAAAUGCCCUCCUGUUUUUUCAUUGACACAAUCUAUGAAAGGUUCGCUAAUGAGAUCAAUGGGGAGACCAUCAUUCCCAGGUGAUUUAUUGUUCUGGAACGUUUCUAUAAUUGUCCUGCAUUCCUCGGUAGUAAUUCGUCCUUCACACGAUUGCCUUUGUUCUUCCGAUACUUAAGGAAUAUUUAAACUCAGUUUAGAAAUGCCUCUAUGGAAUCCGAAGCUUCUACAGAAUCAUUCGUUUUGUAUAGGUUUUGAUAAAAUCUUUUUUGUUCAGAGAGUAUCCGAUAUGGGUUUGCAGUUAUUGAACCACUUAACAUGAUCUAAAUUUAAAAAGUAUUUAGUACUCUUUUCACCAGACCCUUGCCAGGGUGCUCUUGCUCGUACGACGGUUCCUUUUACUUUUUCCUCAUGUAAAAGUUGUCUUUUCAUCUAAUCGCAAUCUGUUUGAUUCUAGACUCAUUUUCAAACAACUUGUUAGCUUCUUCAAGCUCUCCUUGGAUCCGUUGCUCUUUUUCAUAUCUAAGUUUGGCUUUGGGGUAGCUAAUAGCGUGUAAUCUAAUAUCAUAUUUGAUCCAGUCCCAAACGCAGCGUUUGUCAGACAGUUCAUUUUCACCCUCUAGUUUCCAUUUGGCUAUAUUAAUUCGUAACUGUUCUAAGUAGUUUUCAUCAUCUAAAAGCGAAACAUUCAUUUUACAUAUUCCAGGACCUUUUAUCUCUCCAAUGUCACUUAGAGCUAAGGUUAUGGCUGCAUGAUUUGUACGUAUUGCAGGCACUGGCAGUAUUCCAGUAACGUUCACAAAAUCACAGAGAUUAUUAGAGAUAAGCCAAAAAUCUAGAGGACAAAGCACUGUUGGGGAUUUUUGGCUCCAAGUAUAACCUCUUGUUUGAGGAUUCUUAAUUCUCCAAAAAUCAAAUAAGUCCAGUUCGCUUUGUUAAGUUUCAAUACUAUCAAUUGCUGCUCUUCUUAGAAUCAUGACACGGCCGUGCUGAGGUCAUUGGAUGAAUAUUUUUUAGGGCUAAUUGGCGUGCAUGAAUUUUUUUUCAUUGAAUUUUCCCUUGCGUGAAUAUUUUUUUGUACUUCAUCCGCCCCCCCCCCCCAUAAGUUUUCUAAUGGUCAGCACCUCAGUUCCCUUAACAACAUGGAACUAUAUCACAGUACAGAGUAACCGUUGAAUGUUAAUCGUUAACAAACAUUGUGCAAUUUUUAUAAACCUCUAUUAAGCGGACACUCUCUUUUAACGGACACUUGGGAAGGUCUCCAAGGUGUCCGCUUAAUAGAGGUUUCACUGCAGUUGUGAGCAUCUCAUUUAACCACAGGAAAAAGCUUCAUCGACUACAUAUGAUUACAAAACAGAAACUGGGAUAAACUUACUUACCUAUCCUGGGUCUUGAGAGGACUGGAACCUGCAACAUUGCCUUAUUCAUGGGACUACUGGAUAAUCCGGGAGAGUUGACACAUUAUGUGACGUACAGGUUUUAAAAAAUCCAAAGGCCAACAGUUGACACUUUGCAAGUCAAUGAAUUCCUUCACCAUUCCGGAAUUAUCUUUUUACAGUUCCAAGUUAAAUUCCAUUCACCGUUCAUUCAUGACAGCAUUAAUUGAUUCAUUGCUUAAUGCAGUUACUUGCUAUUGAAAAGAUGUCAAUAUUAAUUAAGUUUUGAUUUUCUUCAAUGAUCCUUCUUCUCUUUGUAUACAUUAGUGUUCUUGUUUUGAUCAUGAGUCCUGGAUUGAUUUGGCAGGAGGCUUUUUAAUUCACAUUUAAUUUAUAUAAAUAAUUCUAUGUCAGCAUUUCAUGCAUCUGCUUUAGUAUUUACGACUGCCGCCCGUCACGUAAUUGGUUUGUUUACAAUGCAUGGUAAACCAACUAUUCAAUUGACAGCAAUUAAAAUGCACAUGACUUUGUAACUGCUACAAUUAAUGCUAAAAAGAAGCCUCUGCUCGCAGGGUACAGCAUUUUUACAGACCUGCUUGAUAUUAUUUCAGCACAUUCAAGAUACGCUUUUGUUCACAAUGCAGGCUCCGAACUUGUAGUACAUCAGUAACUGUGAAACAAAGAUGACAAUUUAAGGUGUUGGUCAGUAUUUUAACAAAUGCGUGACAUAUACUGAGCAGAAAGUCCUUUACCUGCAUUUAACUUUGUCGUGCCACCAUGCUCAACAGUAGAACGAAUUGGGCAAAGAAAAAGAACAAGACGCUAAGGAGCGUACACUUCGGCGUCGUGGUUGUGGAACUAAUUAAUUGUUAAUGCGGAGGAAUAGUAAGAAAUGAAAUAUGGUAAGAGUGAGGUGUUAAUUUGUGAAAUUAUGGGAUUUGUCAGGAUAUUCUGAAAAGAGCAACAUCCAAGAGGCCUACUUGCCAAGAACUAGCAUUUCGGGACAAAUUGUCUCUGAGAUAUUAGCCCAGUUAUGCUCUGAUGACUCCAUACAAAUCCUUCUAAAUUUGACUUGGGUCUAAACGUUUAGACCUAAGUCAAAUAUGAGGUUACUGGCGGUGAAUAACAAGUCUAACAAAACAAACAGUUACAAAAGAAUUCUCUAUUUUUCUUAGUCACAACAGGCUUCAAAAACAGCAUAGCAGUCUCAUGUACUGAUUAAAGAUAUGUAAAGCAUGGGUAGGGAGUCAAUUACGUUGAGCAUGGAAUUGGCUGUUACGAGUUCGAAUGUUUUGAGGAUAAUUAUUCACUGACUAUCAGCACGCAGGAAUGUCGGAUUAACAUAAGGAAGUUUAAUACCAAAGGAACAUAGCCUUUUCAGAAAUUUAAAACACAGCAUCCGCCAACACAAACUUGAACUUGAACUUAAGUACAACUAAACAGCCUCUACCAAUAAUAACAAACUCUCACUUGAACUUCAGAUAUCUUACGACUUCCGCCAACUUGUAAACACAGAACUUGACAAUCGGCCUUCGUCACACUUGACUAAACACAGCAGUCCAGCUCGUGGGAAAAAAACUUAGUUCGUCAAAAGACCUCGCUUGGAACUUGUAUACCGUUUGACAUAAGGUUCUAGAAAAUACUAAAACGGGCGAAUAGUAAAAGCGUUUCGACAUAUUUUAUGAUUUCAGUAACUGAUACAAAUCUGCUGACUCAUGCUGAAAUGUAAACAUGCCCUCAUUAAUUAUUCAUGAAUAAUCCAAAAAAGUAGAGAACGUUCGAGAAAGUCACGCAACGCAUGAAAGCAAUUUCACUACGUAACACUCAACAAAGAUAAAAUGUCUUUGUGCAGCAUUUUGUAACUUUAAAUUCAUCGUAAAGCAGUUCGAAAGGAGGGCCCACUCGUGAAAUGUUUUUCAACACUCGAAGAAAAAUUUCGUGUCUCUGCGCGGCCACGUAACAUCCUCUAUUUAUUCCUCGAGUAAAUUAAAGACUAAACUCGAAGUGAUCUGAAGAUAUCACAAAGUAGUCCGGUUUCAUUUCGUGAAAUAGCCGAAACAAGCCGAAAAGUCGCAAACUUGCACGCCCAAUCUUGUCCCGAAACUUGUGCAUAUUUCAUAACUAUUUUUCAUAUCCCAAACUGCCUUGGGUCGCAGUAGCGCAAUCGGCUAAUCCCUUAACUUAGAGUCUCCUCUGACCUGAUGGGUCACACAGGCGAGGCGGUUCAAACCCGGGGAAAGCCAAAAUAAUAUUUCUUUCUUCCUCGAAAAAGUUAAAGAAUAAAUCAAAGAAAUCGAAGUGAUCUGGAGAUAUCUCGAACUAAUUCGGUCUCACUUCGUCAAAUAGCCGAAUAAAACCGAAAACCUACAGACUUUGCAUGCCCAAUCUUGUCAAAAAAUUGUUACUUUGAUACAUUCCUGAGCGUCGCGAAUCCUUUACUUCGCCCUCCGCCGAAGUAAAAAGUGAAGUCCUACAGGAGAGACCAGCCAAGCGAUAGUCCAUUUGUAUUGAGGACAAACCUGAAUCACCUGAGGGUGCAGAUACAGCAGCGAGUGAAUUACAAAAAGUUUCACUACUAAAGAAGGCAGGAGAGCAGCAGGUGGAUGAUCCUGCAGAUGCUGCAACAACUGAGCAUGAAAAAGCCAUUGAACCAUUCACCAUUGACAGCAUUGACUCAGAGCAAACCUUGAGGUGCUUUUUGCCAAACCAACCAGCUAGAAACCAGUGGAACUUUCAAGAGAAAAUGGAGCGACAUUUUUCAGUUGAAACAAAGUUUCACUUCGAAUCAAGCGAUCCAUUUACAUUUCUUCCGAAAUUUGACCACUGCUUAGCAAAGUAGGACCCCGAAUGGUGUGUGCUUAAUUUCAUUUAAAAACGAAAUAAAACAGUUAAAAUUGCAACAAUGCAACACUAAAUGAUGUCUUACAUGAGGUACAUACUAUCAAAUUCACGAUCAUCGUGUUGAUGCCGACAGAAUCUUUGUCAGUGACUAGAUACGUGCAAAAAUGCGCCAGAAACCGUCCUACGAAUAAGAAGAACUCACAUUUUGAGGAAAACAUGGGCUUCAUCUCAAACUAAAGCACAGAAAAGAUCAAUGAUUCUAUCCGGGAGAUCUAGUGACCCAUAAGGGAGAACGGGAGAUCGGUGUCGUAUCCGGGAGACUCCCGGAUAAUCCGGAAGAGUUGGCAUAUAUGAAAUGCAGCUUCAGAAAAGGGCACCAAAGACCGACUCAUGUAGUGUAUCUGCAGAGACUGAAACGAACUUGUUUACAUCAUCCAUGUAUGUUAUUGCAAGACGAACAGUUAUUCCAGUUAGACUCUUCUGAUUUCCUAGACUAAGGGAAUGCUAAAACGUUUUUACCUGUAAUUUUACAAGCACUUAGAAGAUGUAGAAUAAAAGUGGAAUUUAUGGUAGUUUUUCGUUGUUCUAGUGGUAAUAUUUUGUUAAAUAAUUAUUGUAACGUUUUAAUUUUAAUCGCGAGCUACUGUAGUAAUACCCGCGUAUGAGAAUCUACUCUUUUUGAAGUCUGGCGAAAUAGAUUGUUAUAUUUUGGGAUACUUUUGGCGUUCAAGGUUAAAAGGUUCUUAAUCAGAUUCUUUUUAGAACCUAAUUAAAAUUUCUGUGAAGGAGAUAUAGUUGUUCUCUAUCUGUGAGGAUCGUGCAAAGAUCUGCGAGGAUUUUGGAAAGAUUUGUGAGGGUAUGACAAAGAUCUGUGAGGAUCGUGCAGACAUCUGAGAGAAUCUUGCAAAGAUUUUUGAGGAUAUUUCAAAGAUCUUUGAGGAUCGUGCAAAGAUCUGCGGUGAUCGCACAAAGAUCUCUCAGGAUCUUGCCUAUUAGAACUUUAAGAAUCUUGCCAAGAUCUUUGAGGAUUUUACAAAUAUCUGCAAAGACCUUCAAGGAUCCCUGAAGAUCUUCUCCAGAACCUUGAGAAUCUUGGCAAAAUCUUCAAAGAUCUUUGAGGAUUUUUGAUAAGAAUCCUCAAAGAUCUGCACUAGAAUCUUUAUGCAAAUCUUCAAAGAUCCUUGAAAGAUUUUCACCAGGGAACAGCAUUAGUAAGAACCAGUAACCAUUCAGCAGGUAGGGUGAUUGGACUCUAAGAUAAUGCUCUUCCAAAAAGUCGGUUUUGGUUGAGCAGUUUUUGUGAGAAAUUCAGUAUGGUUUAGUUGAUGUUGAAACAGUCUCAUCAACCCACCCAAUAUUUGUCUUGUUUGAAUCAUUAUCUUGCACAUUUAUCUACUUUUUAUUAAUCCAUCUGAAAUUUUCAUUUUUUUAUCUACAGUGGGUCCUAUAUUUUCUUUGUAAAGCAUUUAUUUCUGCCAAAAUUUUAAUGUUGAUUGAAGGUCAAAGUGGCUAAUGUUCAUGGGCCAAUAUUUGUGACUUAGUUUUACUAACAAAAACUUCUGUUGAGUCCUGUUAAAUGCCUUGGAGGUAUUAAGACUGUAUUAUGACUGUCUGGCUAAUUCCGCCCUGGCAUUGCUAAAACGAGGGCAAGGGUAAGACCAAGGGUAAGCGUAUGGGUGAGGGUAAGGGAAAAAGUCAGGGAAAGACAUAUUGCUAUUAAACAGAAAACAAGGCAGAUAAGACAAAUCUUUCAGAUGGAUAGCAAAAAUUAGAGUGCAAAGCAACGCUAAAGCCUGAGCCAGUGGUGUGCAAGGUGUGGCUAGCCUUUUCUGGCUGCUAAAUAAAAAGUUGUUGCUGUUUACAAAUUUUAUAGACCGAAUCCAGGUUGGCAUUACCUCUUAGUUAACAAGGAUUGUUAGUAUUAUCGAUAAAAGAUUUGACGGGUUGGCCGCGCAGCCGCAGGAAGCCAUAGUGGUUUGCUUCUAGACCGUAAUUGGUGCCGAUUCACCCCUAGCUAGGUGGUGGGUUCAAGAAUUUCAACCCUAACCCUCACCCUAACCCUAAUCCUAAGUGUCACCCCCACCCUAACCCUAACCCUAACCCUAAUCUUAACCCCUCACUCUCACCCUCAUUUCCUCCAUAAAAAUAUCUCACACAUCCACACUAUCACUGCGAAAGCAAACAAGCUUCUUGGCUUGCUUAAACGGACUUUUCCCCUACUUUAUGGCGUCUCUGUCAGGCGCUCACUCUAUUUGUCUUUGGUCAAGUCACAGCUGUUUUACGCCACCCAAGUCUGGUCGCCCGCUUACGUUACUCUGAAUGCUAAGGUGGAACAGGUGCAGAGACGUGCAAGCAGGUGGAUGUUACGCACGCGUAAAGACGAGUCGUCGUACAAAGACCGGCUAACUUUGCUAGAUUACUUCCACUUUCUCUAGAUCGUGAACUUAAAGAUUUGAUCUUUUUUUAUAAAUGCCUUUACUGUAGUACCGGUUUAGAUGUUCGGAAUUAUGUAUCUUUUGUUUCCCAUGAUCGUACAAGACUAACUAACUUCUUAAAUCUUCCCACUCCUUUUUGCAAAACAUCAACUUUUCAGGCCUCUUACUUUAACCGUAGCGUUAAACUAUGGAACUAUGUUUGCAAGCUAACACUCCCAACCAGCUUUUCCUCGCCUACUGCCUUUCAACUUUUUGUUCGCAAAUUAAUGAGCACUCACCUUUCGCGGGUAUAUGAAAUCAAUUACCCCUGCACGUGGACACUAGUCCCUACGUACCCAUGCCAUGGGCAUGCCAUGUAAUUUAUUUUAUUAUUUUAUUUUUUUGUACGAAUGUUUGAGUAUUUCUUUAUUUUAUUUUAACCUAGGUCUUAAUCUAGGAGCGGUGCCUCGCAUGGGAUGUUAGUCCCGUUGCACCUACCCCUAUUGGGUUUUUGCUUCUUUUAAGCUGUGGAAAAAAAAUCCAUGUGAGCACAUAGGUGCUUGCUUUAUAUGUUAUAGUUUGGGUUAACUAGAAAUAAAGAUAGUGCCAUUUUGAGGCCAAAAGUUGAUAAAGGAAAUAAGUGCCCCUUCAAAUAAGCGCCCCCUCCCCUCUUAGAAAAUGAAAUAAGCACACCAGCGCUAAUUCGAGCAUUUACGGUAAGUAAAAAUAUCAGUGACUCACUGAUAUUGCCAUGUGUCCCUGAUAUGGGAGUGUUAAUAAUGUAGAGUGUAAGAGUCAGGGUUUAAGGGUUAGUGUGAGGGUGAGAAGCAAACAUUAGUAAUUUUGUACUAUUACGCAGGUCACUUCGAUAAAAAUGCCGUAUACGUCUCGUAUAUCGUAUCGAGUACUGAACCUCGUUUUUCCUCGGGGGACGGGGGAGGGCGGUUAUUUGAAGGGGGGCGCUUAUUCCAAAUUUUAAGCAUGAGGAGGGGCGCUAAUUCGAGCAUUUAUAGUAUCUGAAAAAUUUCCCUUCUUGUAUAAUUAGUACUAGUUAAUUUAGUUUUAUGUUUUUUUUUAAUGCAUAGUAGCCAUCUUUAAGGAUGUGGAAAAGGAGGUAACUGAAAAUGCUGGAACUGUAUUCCAAGAGUCUUCAGGGCCUGAUGUUAAGAAAGGUUGUGAAAAAGUUACGCUUUUGAAAACAUCUGAGGAUCCAGGAUCUAACACAGUCAAGCAGGAGGCUGAAAAAGUAGGCAGACAGUCAAAAGAAAGCAACACCAACACUCCCUCCGAAGAGUCUGAUAGUAAAAUCCGCAACAGUGAUCAUGGGGAAGGCAGUGAUGAAAGCGAUGAAAUUGAGUCAGACUUAGAGGUAACUGUAUUACCAGAACUGCAAAUAAUGGUCGGUUAUUGGCAAUGUGACGAAGUCGAAAUUUAUUUGUGAUUGGAAGUGAUGCCGAACAAACCAAAUGCCAAAGACUAUCAUAUUGAGGCCUUUUUAGAAUAACAAUUAGUACCAAGGAAAUAAUCAUUGACAUAAUGUGUAACUGACACAUUUCUGGUUUGUCCCACUGAAAUGGUGAUCUGAUCAGCUGUACUAUGUCCUCUCUGAAGAAUACAAAUAAGUUUGUAGCGAUGUCACUGUCAAAAUUAUCCAUGCAUCCAUCGUUUACAACCACUGAUUCAAGUGCUGGUUUAUAAUGUCUCAUUGGGUACCUGUAACGAAACAAAGAAAAAAUCUUUGAUUUUUAUUUGUUACCUAGUAUUAGGUGAUUAAUCAUCUUAAUGAUGUUGAGAAACAAUUAAUGAAACAGUUUUAAAAAAUCACGUCUUUUUAUUGUUUCAUGUCGUUUUGUUUUGUUUUGGUUCGUUUUCUCGUCAGGUACAUAAUUCAAAUCCACCUAAAGAUAAGACGGUACAAUCUGCAGGAACGGAAAAGCACCCGUCUUUGAGCCAUGCCACUAUGGAUAAGGAAAAAAGAAAAGAGGAGGAACCAACUAGAGAAGCAGCACAGUGAGUCCAUUGUUUUGUUUCGUAGACCAUUUUUUUUUCAUUAACAUUUUAGAUCAUUUAGGCUUAAUUGUAAAAUCCUCAUCCUCUUUACUUAUCAAGCCGGUCUUGGCUGCUACUCUCGCAUGCACCUGCACCUGCACCUCUGCCACUCCACCUUUCUUCUCUCUACUUUCUAUCCUCCUGGCUGCAAUCCUUAUAACGCCGCUACCCCUCAUUCAUUUGAUUUUGUACUCUCGUAUUUAUUUUAAUCUUUGUGCAGCUCAAGCAGUCACUUACACCAGUCACACAUUCCAAUUGUCUAUCAGGGUGGUUAACUUUGGUGCUUCCUGCCUGCUUUUAUACAGAGCUUCUUCAUAGCAGUAAUCUUGAAUCAUUAAAGAAUUUAGUUUGGCUUUAGGUACCCCUUAUUGUACCCCUUAUUAUUAUUAUUAUUAUUAUUAUUAUUAUUGUUACUAUAUUUUUUAUUUGUUGUCUAGUUCACAUUUUUUUUAUUUUCAUUCAUGAAUUCAGGGAGCAAACAAGUGCUAAAAUUUGCCAAUACGAGUGAUCGCCGUUGAGUUUGUAUAUUCUGUAAAAACGAAACGGCGACUUAAUAGUCAUGAAAUGUACAGUUCGAGUUUCGACAAGAUUGACAAUCUUAUUGGUUGCUGUGAGAACAUAUAUACGGUCGCUACUGCGCUUUUUACAAGUAGCAAACUGCCACUUUUCUUGCUGUGUAACAAUGAGCACUUCCACCCAUAUUUUGCCAUUAUCUUCUUUAAGAUGAAAAGUGCUUCAUUUUCUGUUGUCUACACUGAGCAAAUUUAAACGCCAUUUCUUGCAUUGGCAAUUUUUUUCUUGUUUAUCCCCUGAGAGAAACUACGUGACAGAAAGCCAUGGCAAGUAACUCUCCUCCGCAGAGACUCCCGCUAGGUUAAGAGGCCUCUGCGGAGGAGAGAGGGCGAGUGUCGUGAGUAAGGUGUAUUAUUGUAUUAUUACCUAUUUAUUAUUUAUUCAGAAUAUUUCCCCAAUUCUGAUUGGCUAAGAGCACACGCAUAAUUCACCAUAACCAGUUACUGAUGACCAAAUGUGGAAGAAUUUUGUGUUUAACGAGGAAAUGACGUCAAAAAUGCUGUCCUCUACAGGUUAAGGCAUCGUUAACCGAGAAAACCUGGGGACGAGGUUAAGUUGUUUUGGUUGUAAAAAAAAAAAUGGCGGAAAUUUCACUCGUUUUAAGAGUAAGAACUACAGCUGGAACUAGGCGAAAUAAUAGCUAAAAACAUGGCAACAACAGCAAGAAGACAACCCAGAGAGCGACAUCUGCCAUUUGGAGAAUAUUUGCGGAGCUGGACAAACCUAAACGUACAUUUAUCAAAGAUGAACUUAACAUCGAUACAGGUAAGCAUGUUUCAGCUAUGUUUUUAAACUAGGAAUUAUUUUGGAUGAAUAAUAAAGCAGUUAAUGAAUUCGGCUUUCGUAUGAUAUGAAUAAUUAAGGCCUUCGGCCUCGGUAGAUAACACCCUCCUCGAUCUGCUUAAAUUCUUCAUAUCCUACUCAGCCUCUUUCAUUAAUUGCUAAAUAUACUCUUUCAGGACUGAUAACCAUGACCAAGUGGCUGACAAGGAAAAGGGCGGCGGUUUCGGAACCACCCGGCCAGUCGAUGGUGAUGAUCACGAACAUCCUCGUGGCAACGAGGAAAACGAUUCUGGUCUUGCAAAAAACAAUGAAACGUCGUCAAAAAUGAAAAAGGAGUACUUUGAAGACUAUAACGGCAACAAAAUGACUGUUGUUUUUCAUGCUGUACUUGCCCCCAAUUUUAAAUUUGAGCCAAAUCUUGGAGACAAAAUUUACAUGAGGUUUGGAGGAGAAAAGUUUGGCGAUUUUCAGCACAAUGUUGUGGAGGUGAUCCAUCAGCGGUAAGCUACGAGUUAUAGAUAAUCUUGAUUGGAAAACAUGACGUAAAAUCAGCGUGUCCUUGUUCAAGUUUUAGUUAAGAAAUUAAGCCCUAAAGAGAAACGCUUGUUCUACGUGAAGCUCCACAUUUUGCAAGGAUCCUUAAAUAUUGUGAGUCAACUUUUUUAGAAAAUUUUUUUUCAAAAAUUAUCUUAAUUCCCGUUUUUAUUGGUAUAGUUUUUUAUGAAAAGGUUUGCAUGACAUUUAGUUGGUCAUGAGAUGAAAUUUCUUUUAAGGAUGUAUGCUUACGUUAGGAAGUGGUCUGCCUGUGGCAGUUUAAUUAAUGGGGUUAUUUUCUAACGAAGCUGUAGUAAUUAAUGCGUCGAUGUUGGACUGAUUUGGUUUUGAAAACUGAGUUGGUUUUAAAAAUAAGGCGAACUGGAAACGUUCUAACUAUAGAGUGUGUAGUCAUCGUAGCUGACGGGAUUUGACGUGUACGACUGUUUAAAGCACCCGUGGAAUGAAUUUGGCUGUACAGGCGUAAGAAUAAUUAGGAUGAGAGAAGUCAAGAAUCUCCAUCCAGGCCUUGCCACCUACUGUUCCUGGCGGCUCUAGAAGCACUCCCGCACUCCAGGCGGUGUUUGCACUGGGAUUGCGAUGCAUUGUGCAUGUAGAAAUUUCAAGAUGGCGGCGAAGGUCAAGAAAACAUGGCGUGAACUGCAGGAAUGGCUCCGAGCCGUAAUGAGAGUAACCGCUGACCGCUUGACAUGUGGUUCCACAUUGCCAUACAUAGCCCCCCAUAGCUACCAAUUGAGACAUAUAGCUAUACAUAGCCACCCAUAGCUACACAUAGCCACCCAUAGCUACACAUAGCCACCUAUAGCCACCCAUAGCUACACCUAGCCACACAUAGCCACACAUAGCUACACAUAGCCACCUUAGCCACCCAUAGCUGCACCUAGCUACACGUUGCCACCUAUAGCCACCCAUAGCUACACAUAGCCACCUAUAGCAACCCAUAGCUACACAUAGCCACCUAUCGCCACCCAUAGCUACACAUAGCCACACAUAUCUACACAUAGCCACCUAUAGCCAUCCAUAGCUACACAUAGCUACACAUAGCUACACUAGCCACCUAUAGCCACCCAUAGCUACACAUAGCCACCUAUAGCCACCCAUAGCCACCCAUAGCUACACACAGCUACACAUAGCCACACAUAGCUUCACAUAGCCACCUAUAGCCACCCAUAGCUGCAAAUAGCUACCUCCAACCAUAACUCCACAUAGCUACACAUAGCCACCUACACCUAUGGCCACACGUUGGCAUACAGCCGCACAUACAGCUACACAAAGCCACGCAUAGCCAUCCAUAGACACGCAUAGCUGCACAUAGCCACCAAUAGCUACACAUAGCUACAGAUAGCCACCAAUAGCUACACAUAGCUACACAAAGCCACCUAUAGCUACGUAUAACUACACAAAGCCACACAUAGCUACCCAUGCACACGCAUAGCUGCACAUACCCACUCAUAGCCACACAUAGCUACACAUACCUACACAAAGCCACACAUAGCCACCCGUCGCCACACAUUAGUACACAUAGCCGCCCAUAGCUACACAUACCUACAUAUUGCCACCCAUAGACACACAUAGCCAUUUAUAGCUAUAUAGCUUCACAAUUAGCCACUCAUAGACACACAUAGCCACACAUACCUACACAAAGCCACACAUACUUACACAAAGCCACACAUAGCUACACAUAACCACACAUAGCCAUCCAUAGAUACACAUUGGUACCUAUAACUACCCAUAGCUACCCAUAGCUACACAUAGCUACACAUAGCUACAUAUAGCCACACAUAGCCCCCCAUCGCCACACAUUGGCACACUUAGCCAUUUCGCUACAGAUUGCCUCACAUAACCACCCAUAGACACACAUAGCCACAUAUUAAGCUACACUGAUAGCCACACAUAGCUACGCACAGCCGCCCAUAGCUACACAUAACUAGACAUAGCCACACGUAGCUAUAAUUAUAGCCACAUGCACAUAGCCCCAAACUAGCGAACAGGAUGUAGUAUUUUUUCAGUGACAAACUUAAGAGAUAUAUAUGUUAUUCACCGGCCUAUGUCGGUCCGUAUCGGGAGAAACUGAGCUCGAGGUCUUGCGUACCGCCCUCGACCUACAACAUUUUGAUUUUUCUCUACUGAGAUAUAAAAGUUUCAGGAAAAUUUUACUUUAGUUCAACCUAUGUGUGUUUAGUAGGACCCAUUCGUGUCGAUGAAGCGCGCCAUCGAUUGCAAACUAAAACAAAACAUUACAACAUGAUUUUUAGCUUGUAAUUUUAUAUAUUAUCACAAUUAAGCUCUCUUUUAGAAUAAAGAAGGAAGCUGAGGUUAAGGGUUAGGUUAGCUUAGGCAACUACAACGAAGACCACACUAAACGAAAACCUAGAAAAACAAUUGGUUUCAUGAGCAAAACAACAGCCCUGCACUUGCAUCACGCUUUUUAGUAAGUUUCUUUGACGUCCAUUGCACGACUACCACGUGAAACCUCCUAAUGCAACGUUUUAUGGAGGAUGUCGACAUACGACGAUGAAUUCUCCUUUCUCUUUUUGAACCUGGAUUAAGUCCUUACAAAUUCAACUCCUCCCCUUCCUCAUAUAUAAAAAAAGGUCGCCUGCAUUUGACAUAUUGAGCGGGUCCAAAUAGACGCAAUUAAGUUUGAAAGAACGCAAAUGUAGCUAUGUGUGGCUAUGGGUGGCGAUGUGUGUCUAAAUAUGGCAAUGUGUGUCUAAAUAUGGCUAUGUGUAGCUAUGUGUGGCUAUAGGUAUGGGUGGCUAUGUAUGGCUAUGUGUAGCUAUGUGUAGCCAUGUGUAGCUAUGAGUGGCUAUGGUUGGCCAUGUGUAGCUAUGUGUAGCUAUGUGUGGCUUUAGGAGGCUAUGUGUAGCUAUGGGUUGCUAUAGGUGGCUAUGGGUGGCUAUGUAUGGCUAUAUGUUGCUAUGGUUGCUAUGGGUGACUAUGUAUGGCUACAUGUUGCUAUGGUUGCUAUGGGUGGCUAUGUAUGGCUACAUGUUGCUAUGGUUGCUAUGGGUGGCUAUGUAUGGCUAUAUGUUGCUAUGGUUGCUAUGGCUGGCUAUGUAUGGCUACAUGUUGCUUUGGUUGCUAUGGGUGGCUAUGUAUGGCCAUAUGUUGCUAUGGGUGGUUACGUAUGGCAAUGUGUAAGCACAUGUGAGGCGUUCAGCGGUUACUUUCAUUAAGGCUCGGAGCCAUUCCUGCAUAUUUUAAAUGGCUAGUGUCGAGAAAUUUCCCAGGUUGUAUGCUUUAUUUUUCGAUAGACAUUUAGGUUUUUUCUGUGAACAAAUAAAAAAAAAUCAAUAUUCCUCAUUACAAUCUGAAACACGGAGCACGAAGAUUCAUUCGCUAGGAGCACGAAAUUUGAUCCGUUGUUUGGAGAGCUAUAUUUUCUACCAUAGUGCUCUUUGACGACAGAAAGUAGUCUUAAGUGUUUUUACAAAGGUUGUUCUACACCAAGGUAUAAGCGCUCCCUAACGCUCCCCACUUUUAGAAAUAGUUUUUUUGAAUUAAAACCGACAUGUUUUCAUAAGAAAAUGCGGUCUCGCACAGACGAGACGUGUCACUGGAAGUGUCACUCUUGUAAUCAAAAGUUAAUUACAAAAUAGUUCAUUGGUUAUAUACAGGAGAUGAAGCCUGUGGACGAUUGCAAAUAACAAAUGCCAGAUUUAUGAAAAAAUAUAUGUACGAAAAAUAGCCUAUUAAAUAUGGUUGUCACCUUUUGAAGCAACCUGUUUACCUAAGAACACAGUUAUAUCCAGGGAUUUGCAUAUUUUCAUUUCAUGGAUGUACUAAAUUAUAAUUGGGGAACAAAGACUAAGGGAAAAAUAUUUGGCAGGAAACGAAACAUCUGUUGUAGUUGAUUUUUUAUCUCAGGUAAUUUUUCUUUUUCUUUUGUUUUUGGGUAUAUUAAUCUAGUAUGCUAAUGGAGUUGAAACAAAAGAAAAAUAAAAUUCACGUGAGAAAAAAUUAACUGCAAGAUAUCCAAAGUGGAAAAAAGGGGGUACUACUAGGAUCCACCACAGUAAUAAUUGCUAACCCAAAAGCCUGAAGUAUAGCAACAACAUGGGAGGAAAUUAAAAAACAAUAUCCGUCGCUAUAAAAUGACAGCACUGAAAUACUAAUCACCAUUCCAAUAUAAUAAAAGGUGAAUACGUUUACCCAAAAUUUUACAUAACAUCUAUAACACCUAUGACACAAUAUUUGAAUUAAACAAAAGUAGUUGGAGGGAGGGGGAUCAAAAGAAAGGAAAGGGGUCUCCCUACAUGUUGCCCCUGAUUACAGUAGAUUUGUAAACACAGAUAAGAUUUUCACAUUUUGAAUUGAGAAAAAUUAUUAUCAUACAAAAAACAUGUGAUGACAUGUGUUUUUACACACUGAUACAAUCAUUCACAUGAAAUAAAAUGAAAUAAAGGCAAAAACCAUGAAUGCCUCUUAAGCUCAGCUCUUGUAACUUAAUCUGCUUAACUGUAUGAGGAUUAGAAAUCACAAAUGCUGAAUGCCAUUUUCAAUUUCAAACUUUACAUUCUGUGACUCAUACCAAUAGAAAGCAAGGAUACUAGAUUGCAGUAUUUCUUCAUUAGAUUUUUAUUUAACACUGAAGAUGCCUGAAGAAAGUACUCAAUAUUAUUUGUAAAUAGGACACAACUCACCCUACACGUACUGAUAUCUUGAUUGACUUUUCAUUUACAGUACUUUAUGUGUGAUAAAUGCAGAUGGUAAAACAAAUAAAAAAUGCAAACAGGGUUCCACCAAAACUAAAUCCCUGUAAAGACCUGGCAGGGCCUCUGUAAAGCUGACCCGCUAAACUUUUCUUAUAGUCUAGCAACUGUUUUAGGGCUAUCUUGUCAGAACGAAGUUAAAAUUUUUCAUCCUGGCCCAUACCAGUCUGUUUUCAAACCAACUUAAGCUUAAAUUCGUCUUGCUAAUAAUGAAGAAAUCUUCGUAGUACCUCGUAGUUCUAGUUGCACCAAUCUGACGAUAAAAUCACUUUUUUCGGCAAACCACGGGUCUUACCUUUAGUGCUACAGUCGCUUCCUGCGAGAUGUUCACCCCUCACCAUCUUGUAACAAAUGAUCAGAUUUUGAGUACCGCCCAUGAGGCGUAACGAUCCUAGUGCGCACACCGCCUCCCGCACUCUGAGUCCGCCAGCUAAAAAUUAAAGUUAUCUUGCAAAGGUAACAAUCACUUAAAACCGCCAUUGCUUCUAGUCUAUGAAUGGAUUUUGUUAUCAUCUCUGUACAUCUGAAGAUGGAUCUUUGGAGAUUGAUUGAAUCUGAUAAUAUUCUGCAAUUUGGAAUAUAGAUGCUUAGAGAAUGAUUUUAUCCUGGUGCAAGCAAGGCUCGUGGUACCAUGUUCAUAUGUGUCCCGCCGAGUUCAAUACAAGUACAUUGUAUGGAAAGAAGAAAGGAAAGAUUCAAAAGAAAAGGAAAAGGCAAAAUAUUUGUGGGAAUACUUAGUUGGCUGUGGAUACAACAAGAACAGAUGUCUUCAAAUACCAGAGGACAGAUGUGGACCGGGAGGUGUUUAAUUGUUUAUGUUGUUGUUUUAGUUGUCGUCUUCGUUGUCAUGCGUGCAAAAUUCUGUGAUGAAUCGAAAAUUUGGUGUUGGUGUAACCACUAGAAUGCCUGAAUGAACCUAUCCCUGAAUAGAUUUAUAACGUGAAAUUCCCCUCUCAGUAUAAGCCUCCUUUAAUAAGCUCCUUGAGGACAUAAAUUUGGAUAUCGGCAUUAAUUAAUCAGCAACGGAACUGCAACUCUCAAGGGAAUAUCCGAAAUAUGGUAAUGUUCGAAAACAAAGCCGUGGAGGAAAUUUUUCAUUCAUCAUUUUUUUGAAUAUGUAGCCUUUUUAUGACAAGAGUUGAUCAUAGCAAGACCAAGAGAGUCAAAAAAGAAAAAAAUACUCCUGUCCCAGCCUAGUCUCUAGGCGUUCUCGGCUCGGUCAAUCCUGGACUGUACCCUGAGCUGUGACGUCACCGUAAGAGACUCGCCUAUUCUUUCCCAGACUACGCGCGGACAGCGGAUCAAGAGAGAAUGCCUAGGGACUAGGCUGCUCCCGUCAUGAUUAAAAAUCGUAUGCGACAAAAAAAAUAGUUCUUUAGUUUUAGAACAUUGCCAUGUUUGGAAGAUUUCAAAGGGUAGGCAAACACGAUAAAUUCACGCGUAGUGCAUGGGAAUUCGAUGUUGUGUUAACUUCGAGACAGAAGAAAAUCCCAGAUCACAAAGUUAUUCAAAACCCAAUUAGUUAGUUAAAAGUUUUCCAUGGGCGCUAAAAUGGGGAUUGUAGAGUUCACUGAUCAAGUGCAGCUGUAAAAUGUUUUGAAGGGAAUCUAUCGAUUAAUUUUGGUUUAAUCGUUGUUUUCAUGAAAGUAGCCUAACAAACUGCAAAAAGAGCUGCGAUAUUCAUUUCGAUUGCCAAAUAAGAAUAUCAUAAUAUAGGUCAGUCUAUGUGUUAGUGUAAUUCAUGUGUCAUAAUGAGUUACAAUAAAAUUCAAGGUGUCUACACCUAAUUGCAAUAAGGUUGUCAUAGAAAAAAGCAAAAAGCCAAAUAGGAAUUAAUUAGCAUUAAAUUAUCAUUAAAUUAUCAUUGCUUGCAACAUUCACGACACACACGCUUAUAGCUGAAUAUUAAUCACGUAAUAUGAAAGCCAAAUCAUUUGCAUCAGUUUCUUGGUGUCAUUCUAAUGCAAUUCGAGGCUGAUUCAUCUAGCGGAUUUCAAACGUGCUCUAAUUACAAAGGUACAUCGGAUAACUACUAAAGAAAAAAUGGCUCCAUUUUUUUUCAAUAAAUAUAGCCUGGGGUAAAUUCCAGGAACGCGACGCGUCUUUUCGUUUUAUGCUAAAUAGAAAAGCCAGUCUGCGUACGGUUUGUAGUGCACAACACCAUCAGAUCACAAUUUUCAAGCAACAAAUCAGGGGUGUAGGCAGGACUUUCUAUCGCGGAGAGGGUGAGGCGCUCCUCCGCCAGUUCCUCUCCCGCGCCACAAACCAAGCCUCGUUUGUCAGGACCCUUUUGUUACACACAUCAGUGUUUCAUGUGCGGAAUCGUACAGCGCGGAAUUACAGAAUUAUUUCUUGUUAUUGUGAAUGACUUCUUAAAUAAUUGUUAAAUUAUUAAAAUACGCAAAUGUAAAUCACAUGGCUAAUUAAUUCCUAUUUGGCUUUCUGCUUUUUGCUUUUUUCUAUGACAACGCUAUUGCAAUUAGGUGUAGAUAUAAGAGUGUUUAAGAUAAAGGGUGUACCUUCCAAAAUGCUAGAGAGCCAUCUUAAAGUGUACCAUAUAUUUUUAGGUAAGUUCAUGCAUUAUAACUGGAUCAAUAACCGUUUAGACAGUGAUCUGUUUCCGCGUUUGACUUUCUCUUUAUGCAAUUGCAGAGAGUAGACACUGAGGUUAAAAAAAAUGGUAUCCAAGAAUGUCCCAGGUUGAUGGGUCAAAAUGGCUGUUAUUAUUAUUAUUAUUUUGUUUGUUUUUUUUAUUAUUUAGCUGUCUGGAACCAAUAUGAUGACACAAUUUUCAGUCCACCCAGCCGGUUACAGUCAGCUCGUAACAAAAUGCCACUUCUGAAGAAAAGUAUGGAUCCUGCUAAAGGAAGAAAUAUUGCUACUCGGGCAAUGCUUCCCGACUGGGAAGGAUUUACCAUGGAAGGUGGCAAUACAAGCUUGUCGGCUUGGGAGGCCAUACAGAGUGUCAACGAUUUAGCUUUCUGUAUGACACAGGCACACGUGGAGGGAAAUAAUCGUGUCUGCAGGAAUGUUCCGUCUUCGUAUGACUUCAGCAAAGUAACGCAAUACAAAAUUUUAUCUUUCAUGACUGUUUAGUUUGAAGUUUUUAGUGCUACCAUGGAUAUGACAGUAUUUGACGGACACCUCAAAAGGAACCUCUAAAAGUUAACUGCUGUUGCAAAUAAAAUCACUUAUCCUGGGUGUCGCUAAACAAUGGUGGAUCUCGGUUCAUAGUAUUCUCAAAAGUUUUAUUUUAUUUUAUUUUAUUUCAUUUAUUCUUAACAACACUUUAUUUCAUAUUUACAUACAAAGCAAAAAUUACAAAAAUUGUGAAAACUAGAAAAAAAGUAGCAAAAUUACAAUUUACAAAAGUUAUUGAAAAUUACAAUUUAAAUUAUCUUUACCCUUAUACAUGAAAAAUCAGUAGCUUUUAUUUUUUUUUAACAUAUCAUAAUAAGGUAACUGACGAAAACUAUAUUAUACGCACACGUAUCCACAAUGGAUUUAAAACAAACAAACAAACAAACAAACAGACAGACAGACAACUUAAACAGGACAGUUCUAAAGAGAGCCGCCUACAGUUCACUUCCACAGAAUAGUACAUUGUCUAAAAGAGGGCAGGUUUUUUAAUCUUUAAUGGAGACCAAAAGAAUUAUGGUCUUUUGCAGUUUGCCUUUCUAUUUCCACAGUGCGUUGAACUAUUUAUUUGGAUAUUUUGGCGCGUAUCUCUUUGUUUACAGGUGUCGAUAUAAUGCCUGGAAAUAAGUAGUAAAUGGUGCAGUAGCAAAUCUUUUGCAUCGUUAAUUUAGCUAAAUAAGAGAGCAUACCCAAAAGUUACUCUUUUAAGGCUGUCAAAAAGUUAUCACUACAAGGUAUAAUCAAUUAGUAGGUGGGGAAUUCAACAAUUAGGACGUUCUUUGGGUCUACUUUUCGGGGAUCAUGCUGAUAGUAGCUAUUAACAACAUAUCCGGCUAUUUCUGGCUAUGCUGUUUGUUUAGAACGUAAUUACAUAUUGAUUUUGAUUUACGUUUGUCUCUUGUUCUUUAGUAUUUUCGUCAGCGUGUAUCACUGUGUCAUUAUAUUAACGGCAAGUUGUUUUAUCUUACCAUUUUUAGGUUCUAAAGAAAAUGUUGCAGCCAAAGAUAGAGCAGAAUGCUCUACCCCUAUCAAAUGGCACAGACAAUACCAAAAGGAUGCUUCCUCUUGUAUCAUCAGUAGCGAUUGCUCAUGUUAUUGUUUCUCACAAAGUGCGCCUGGAUCGUGAUAAAUAUGCAAAACUGUUGUCAUCGUUAGUUCUCUGGCGAGAUGCAAAGAAAAAAACUUGUAGUUCAUUUACCAGUCUUUUGAGUCACUUUCCCAGCACACAGUGGCGGUAGGUAGUUCCUCCGUGUUUUUAUAUUGUUUUCGGGUUCAACUCGAAAUAAAAUUCGCCCUUAAUGGACCAAUCAUGUUGACAGCAGAGCUUUAAGUUAAAGGCACUGCAAAAGGUAGAAUACAGUUGCCAAAAACGUAGAUAAGUCCUUUGAGUGGUAGAUACAUUUUAUCAACAGAAGUUGAUAAAAGCACCAGAUCGAACCCGAUCUCUUUCAUGUUGUCAGUGAACUAAAGUAGGAUUUAAAAAAACAAACAAACAAACAAACAAAAACAAAUAAAGAGGUUUUGCGGACUGAAAGUUGUAUGUCGCCGUAAUGGUGUCUCAUAACAUUCCAGAAGAUAUAAGUAUUCUUGUCUCUGUUCUGAAGUCAACUACCUUAAUUAAUUUCACCGUACUCCAUAGACCAUUUCACGUGGUGGUCAUGUUAAACUAAACUCGUUCCCAAGUUUUUUUUUCUUUGCAAGGCUAGACAUGCUUUUUUUCCAGAAUUGAACCUUAAGCGUCAAGUAGCUUGUGUUUUAAUACCUACAUAAAUCAACCUGCGUUACCUGUGCCUUUUUUGCCUUCCAGGAACAGCUUUUAAUGUUUUCACAUUCUGCUUAAGCCCUGUUAAGUUUUGAUCCCGAAUUCUAGUGUCUGGUUGUCUAAAUCUAUUUUUGAAAAUAUUACUCAGUAAUAAAUAAGAAAAUAAAUGAAAAUAUGUCGAACAUUUUCUUUUGAGCGUAUUCUAAAUACGUAUAAUAGUUUAAGGCUUUACACUUUUCUUUAAGGAACCUUGGAGAAUCCAUUCAAGAAAUAUGCAGGCAAGUUGUGAAGGAUCACAAGGACCUUCAUGAGUGGUUGUUUGCUGUACCACUUAUUCAUUUCCUGACCGGGGUAUCAGAACCAUUUAACAGUGAUGCGUUACUCAUGGAGGAACCUAAACCUAACGAUGACACCUGGUGGGGUGCAAAUGGCUUUCCUACCAAAACAGUGAGAGAAAGAAAAUUUACAAAGAACAGGUGAAAAACGCAAAUUUUUUUAGAGUGUCAUUGUAUUUAGCAUAAAAGUAGUGACUGAGGACUCUUUUAUGGGACCGCCAUUUUAGGUGGCCAUCCAAGCCGCGCGAAGGUGCACCUGUUUGCAGUGCAAAGGCAGUACCUUCAUUUCUCAGUUGUUUUAGGAUCCUCAAUAUUGGUCUGAUCCAAAAAUUGGAUCCACGACCUCCAUCUCUGCCCGUCAAGCGCUCUACCUACUAACUUAGUCCAACCGAGGUUAGUUGUUUUUGGAGCAUAUAUACGCCGAUAAAGCGCUGCUAUGUUAAGAAAUAUGGCAGCACUUUAUACAUUAAAUAUUAUAUUGUUGGUUUUCUUUUGUUUUGGUGUUUAUCGUCUGGUGAAGUUCAAUAAGUUUACAACAUGGCGGCUGCACACGUUGUUAACGGCUCCUCGGGGCCAAGGCGAAUUCUUCUUUAUAUCUGGUUUCUACUAGGUAGGAUUCUUUAUACACAAGUUCCAUGGCUCUUGUGGUUCGUUUACACCCGCAAUUGUCCGGCCUUGCGAUAAAAUCUCGGCCUCAUCGCUACCUAACUGCCCGUAUUUUAUACACGACGAAAGGUACAAGCUCAUUACAUUUAGACCUGUGGUGAUAUCGCUAAAAACCCAGUUCCUAAGGUCAAGCGCGUUCGUAAAAUUUCCAUGUGUUGAUUGCAAGAAAAGUGUCAGAACUAACCAGGACGCCAUCUUGUGUGGUUCUUGUACCUCGUGGUUUCAUACCAAGUGCCUGUGGUAUGUCCAAGUCUGUGUUCCAGUACUCUCUUGCACAUCCUGAUAUUGAACGGACUUGCACUUUCUGUGCAUUACCACCGCUUAGUGACUCGUUUUUCGCAGAUAUUUCGCCUGUCGACGUUUUUGCUGUGACUGCCGGGGAGCUUGGAAAUGAUGAUUUAUCUUCGACCUCUGCCUCAUUUACUGAGAUACCUACAGCCUGAUAUAGGGAUAAAAUUAAGGGUUACUAUAAGAACAACUUACCCAUCGGCCAUCUGAAUGUAAACAGUAUUCUCGACAAAAUCGAUGAGGUGUUACAUCUACUGAAUGAGUGCCGUUUUGACAUCUUGUUUCUUUCUGAAACUAGAUUAGACAAAUUUGUUUCAUCAUCCCUACUUUCCAACCCACAUUAUUGCAUCAUACGCAGAGACAGAAAGCGAGGUGCUGGUCGUGUGCUUGUUUACAUUCGUAAUUCAGUUGUUGCUCGACGACAGCCUAAAAUGGAACCGGAAAAUAUCGAAUCGAUUUGCUUCAAUGUCAAAGAGAUUGCAAAUACAUCAUUCUAUGUGUGUGUCUGCUACCGUUCACCGAACCUCUGCAAAGUAUCUGACUUUAUUUCCGCCUGUUCAACUGCUGCAGAUAAAAUGCUUAAGUCCAAGAGAGAAAUUAUAUUUCUGGGUGAUUUCAACAUUGACAUGCUUCAAAGUAACUGCAACAUUAAUUUGCAUGGUCACACUAAUCCCUUAACACACGUUUGCGACCAGUUUCGUGUCACCAAUACAAUAGGUGAACCGACAAGAGUGACAAAAACGAGUAAAUCACUGAUCGAUGUUAUCCUAGUCAACCGACCGAGCAUUGGGCUACCAGUGGCUCGUUACAACUUGACAUGAAUGAUCAUGACCUUAUUUACAUUGUCAGAAAACAAAGAUUAUCGAAAUCCAGAGUCAAAGUAAUCGAGUCUAGAAGUAUGAAACAAUUUAAUUAGGAUGCAUUCCUGGCUGAUUUAGCGACAACCUCUUGGGACACGGCUUUUAUCUUUGACAACAUUUAUGAUGUCUGUGCCCACUGGUCUACAUUAUUUAAUGCCAUAGUAGAGAAACACGCAACUGUUAUUAAAAAGAGAGUCCGGUCUAACCAGCUUCCCUGGAUCAAUGUAGAGAUAAAGAAAGCUAUGCGUUUGAGAAACAGGCUGUACAAAAAAUAUCGUCGCCAUCCUACUGAAGACACGUGGGAGCACUAUAGGUUACAAAGGAACUUAGUUACUAAACUGAAACGAGUCGCAAUUAAACGUUGCUGAUUCUGCUUCUAAUACAACCACACCCAACAGUUUCUGGAAAAAACUGAAACCCCUAUUACCCUCUGCAGGGAGAGACGUCUCCCAGGAGGACAUUUACCUAAUAGAUGAUGCCAAAGUCGUGAAAAAACCUUUUUCUCUACUCCAAUCCUGGAUCAGUCUGCCCUGAAGCUCAAGCAGGAAGAAUUUUUGACUUUAAGCUGAACUUUUCCUUCCAACCAGUGCGAGUCUUAUAUAUUGAAACUCUUCUGGGUGAGAUCAAGUGCAAUAAAUCUUGCCCAAGAUUCUUAAAUUUUCAGCAGCAUCUAUAGCAGUUCACCUGACAAAGCUACUUAAUCUCCGCAUUAGUACUUCUACGUGGCCCACGGAGUGGAAGCUCAGCCAUGUGACACCUGUAUUUAAAAAAGAUGAUACCACAUCAGUAUCAAAUUACAGAUCUUGCAGUGUCCUGUCUAUCAUACCCAAGAUCGUAGAAAAAGUUAUCUUUGACCAGCUUUAUGACGUAUUUCAACCCUUGUUUUCGUCUAAUAUGUCUGGAUUUCUUCGUGGACAUUCCUGUUGCACUACACUGGUCAAAAUGGUCGAUGACCGGCGUCUGGCUCUGAAUUCCAAAAAGGUUACUGGCUCCAUUGCAAUUGACUUAUCCAAAGCCUUUGAUUCCAUAUGUCAUAAUUUGCUUCUUGCAAAGCUACGUGCUUAUGGCGUUGGUGAGGAGGCAAUUGACUUCUUGCAUUCCUACCUGUCUGGUCGAAAGCAAAGAAUGAAGGUCAACGGAAUUUUCUCGGAUUGGCUACCGGUGUAUUGUGGCGUUCCUCAAGGCAGCCUCCUGGACCACUCCUGUUUAAUGUAUUUAUUAACGAUCUGAAUUUUUCUGUUCAACUCUCUUCCCUGAAGCUCUAUGCUGAUGACACUACCGCCUAUUCAUCCAAUACAGACAUUUCAGCAUUGGAACUGUCUCUUAACAAAGAUCUUGAGAAUCUCUCAUCCUGGUUUGCUUCAAAUUACUUGUCCGUCAACAGCAAGAAAACCCAAGCUAUGAUCCUGGGUAAGCACUCUCAUGAACCUGCUCUUCAUAGUGGCGACUCGGUUAUCGAAAUAAUUGGCCUCCUGAAUAUUCUUGGUGUUUGUAUAGACGAUAAGUUGUCCUUUAAAGACCACCUAUCAACUGUUUUAAGGAACGUCUAUGCCAAGGUUGGAGCUCUGAGACGACUUAGAAAGCUGGUGCAUGCUGAUAUCUCACUUAUGCUGUACAUGGCUUAUAUACUUCCACACCUUGACAAUUGUAGUCCAUUACUGAACAAGAAACUUGAAUCUGCAAACUAUUAUGCUUUAAAAGCCCUCUUAAAUUUCGGAAACAGCUUAGAUUAUGAUUCCAUAUUGUCUACUGUAAACAUGCAAUGACUGGAACAUAGACGGUACUAUCAAUCUCUUGUCCUCCUUUUUAAAUGCAUAAAAGGAAAUGGGCCUGACUAUAUUUCUGAUUUAUUCCAACCUCGUAUAUUGCGCUACAAUUUAAACAACAGCAAUCACAAUCUCACUCACUCCGCAUCCUAUAAUAAUCGAUAUUAUCACAAUUCUUUCACUUACAAGGCCGCAUUUAUGGAAUCAGCUUCCUUCUUGCAUUAAGAGAUCGACUGAGUUGAGUUAGUAUCGUAAACACUUAAGGUCCAGUUGUAAAUGUAAUUUUUGUAUAUCUUAGGGUUUUACUAUAUCUGUUUUCUUUUCUUCCCUUAGGGUUUUAAACGUUUUCUUACCGUUUUUAGUUUUUAGUUAAUUCAGUGGGAUUCGGGUGGGUGUAGCUUUGUGCAUUCACGGCAACCUCGUCCCCAGGGCUUUUCCCUUAAAAAAUGGGUGGGGAGAUGUGUAUAAUGUGUUCCACAUAGGGAGCAUUUACACCCAUACCAAGAGCUGAUGUGGCAAGCAAAACCCGUAUUCUCGAGUUCUCUUCUUUUAUUUCGGAAAUUAUACUCUUCUUCAUACGUUUUGUUUGGGGAGCAUGAAAUUGGGCAAAUAGCCUUCCAGAUGGAUAUUUUGUUUCCCCCACAAAUUGCUUAUCAGCCAAUAUCCUUUCAAACAAUCCAUAGGCAUAGCCACAGUAUUUAAGUUUCAAGUAUAUAAUUGUCAUGGGAUACCUCUCCCUCUUCAAAGCCAGGUCAUUUGCAAUUGGUACAAGGAUCUGGUCGAAACCUUCAUAGCCAUGGUGGUUACUCAUCCUCACUUUCUUUUCCAAAUAGAUGUUACUCCGAUUUGGGUUGGCUGCAAUAACCUUACAGUCUGUCUUCAAUGACAAACUGUGUUUAAGUUUUUUCAACAUCUGCGAUGGUGCUGUGGCUGUAAGGGCCAUGACUGGUACAGUUGGGAAAAACGCUUUAAGAGCUGACAGGUCUUUAAAGUCCUUCUUCUUUAAAGUCCUUCCUGAAAUCUUCACCCCUAAGACACAAUAGAGUUUAAAUUAUUAUUAAGUUGCCAUCAGGCUUAUACCAAAAUUGUUAUCAUAGUGCAUGAAAAAAAUGUAAGGCCAAUUGAUAAAAUUUGGCAUUCAUCACAAGUAAGUAUCCAUUAUCGGACUUUUUCGGUCAUAAGCCACCUAAUAAAAUAUGCAAUUCAGCCGCUCAACCGAGCCUGUCUGCCUGUCUGGCCCGAUUUACACUUUACACGUAUUAUGUGCGCUGUCUAAAAAGCUUACCAUAUUUCCACGCAAUGAACUUCGUCAACCACACAUGCAACCACAUUCCUUUGAAAAACCUUGCUGUUCAUCAGUUCGCGUCCUUCCUUACUCAAAAGAGCCUCUGGAUGUGCGAACUCAAUCUGGACAUCUCCAUUCAUUAGUCUCGCACUUGGAUUGCUUAAAGAUCAUUCAGCGCUUUCCUCCGUUAGUUCUUAAUAAUUGAACAAACUGUCAAUCGCUUCUCGCUCGUCGUUGUUUAGUUGGAGAACAUCAGCAGUAAUUCCUCUUUUCUGCAGCACUUUAAGUUGGUCCUCUACAAUAGAGUUUAAAGGACAAACAACGAUCACAAUAUUCUUGUCUGCUUUGACAGGCAGGAUAUAUUAUUGUUAUUUGUUUUCUUACAUUUAUGAUUUUUUUUAAAUUAGUUUUUAUUCAAAAGCAUUGUAUCUUUAUCGACUUAGUAUUUUUAUUGUCAUGCGUUUUAUACAUGAGCCUCUGGCUCGGAUGAUCGGGGCAACCCCAUCCUACGUAUUGACGUUAAUAAAUUGAUUGAUUUAUUGAUUGAUCGACGAGAGGUUGCGGGUAAUGUGUAGUUCCAGAAAAUAUCCAUACCCCCCUCCCCCAUUUUCACGAAGGGCAACGGAGGGGAGGGGGUUACAAAAGGAGGCAAUUUCCGAGGGGGUUGGGGGCUGCUUACAGAAGAUUGAUUUUUCAGCGGAUCUAAGUGAGAUUGUUGAGUUACUGAUAAAUAACAGCUCCUCUGUUGAGCAAACUUUCAGUUACUUUACUGCUACCGGUCUUCAAGAUAAGUAUCCAUCGUUUUCACUGUCACGCAAGAAAAAAAAAACAAAUUGGAAACCGUCCUGUGGAAGAAGCCAAGAAAAUUAAAUUUUAUAAUAGACUAAUAUAUAAACAACUUUUCCAAGUCUCAGGUCUUUGUGGCCCACAGUUUCUGAGUUAUUUGCCGAAACGUUUCACGCACCUUUGUAGAGCCUUGUAUGGGGACGCCAUAUUGCUGUACAGUUUUGGUGCACCAAUAUGGCCGCCGGAAAUAAAAAAAAAACAUCUGGGGUGUAUGACAAGCAUCCCCUGGAAUUAGGGGGCCUACAGCAAAAGUGCCCUCCAUGGGAGGUUUGGAUAUUUUUUGGAACUAUACAAGGUGGUUUACCCUGGCAUUUACAGCGUUUUUUAUGAAGUGGUUAUUUCUAGUUUUUUUUCCCACCGCCGUUGUAUUAAGGGUUGUUGAGUAAUACUCUUAACUUGGUAAUCAUGUGUGGCAUUGUUACUUUCGGGCUAUAUACUUCGGACAGAAUGCUUCCGGCGAUUUUCUCACCACAUUGGACCCACCACAGUGAUAAUGCAGUAUUUAAAGUAAAUGUUUUUUCCAUAAGUUUACUUCCCAUGCGACCUGUCCCGUUAAUUAGAGAGGUUAAUUUUGGUUUGAACACGAUCAUGGUAAUCCAUACCCACUCAUUAAUUGUGAAUGCAACAUUGAACGAAAAAAGUGAAGAAAGAGCAAAUUUUCCCAGCCAGUCAAUCUCGUGACUGAAUCCUUUGCUCAAUGUAGACAUCGUAAUUCAACAAACGACGGAGCUCCUUUCACAGGUUUUGUAAUAUGUAAAAAAUUCCUCUGUAACUAAGCAAACGGCUCACUUGCAUAUUUUUCUAUAUUAUUGAGGAAGGUAUUUAAUUAUAAAGGCAUUCUGGAGUUUUGCUAUUUUGUCAUUUGGCAGAUUUAGCAGAAACAAGGUGACAACAGUUACUGCCGCGCGCGCAGAUCUAAGAACCGACUUGGCCAAUAGCAGAGCGGCAAAUGGAGCCUCGAUGUCGGGUUCAGUCCUUGCUUAACAUGUCUAUUGUGUUCACAAUCCCUUAAUAAGAUCCCUUUCGCUCAGCCAGUCGUGGGGUAGAAAUUUGCUCUUCACUAGCCAAGAGCAUUCAUAAGGUUUUCCCCCUAUGGAAACGUGGUAAUAUACUACUCAAAGGUAAUGUUAUAAACUUUUUGCCUUUUUAAUGCUCUUUUGGUUACCGUUCUCUUUCUUUCCUUUCAGUUGCCCUUCCUCUAUGAUGGAAGUGUUGUCUCCCUUGUUUGAACUGGAUCCUCUCUUCAGAAGAACGUUUCUGUUUUGCGUUCCCCCCGCAGCGUUUGGUAAAAUUGCUACCUCUAGACCAUUUCCAAAGGACGAAGUAUGUACGACCCUUGCCCGGGGUUUGUCUGUGAAGGACUAUGUAAGGCCAGAUGAGGUAAAUUCUUUUUGAGCCUUUUGUCUCGUUUCGUUUCAUUUUUUUUACGAAACAAAGGGUUCAAGUUAAGUUGAAAUUUCAACUACAACCGCCUCGCGAAAACGACCAGCGCACGACCACCCGUGACGUCAUAUAUGACGUAAGCUUAAUUUGACUAACAGUAACAAUCCGAAAUAAUAUCUCUGGCGCCUACUAUAUCAAAUAAUCUUCAAAACAAAAACCGUGUAUUUUUAAGAGGAAAUCGAAGGUUUGUUUAUGAACCCAAGAUGGCGAGCAAAAGAAGGGUAUGAGAGGCAAAUUUAAAUUCGAUUUAAAAAGGGAAAGCUACCGCUCUAUCCUUGCUAUCAUGCAUUUUUUGCUGCUUUUUAGUCAAACAUUAAUAUUAUACAAGUUUUGUUUGUUCCCCUCAACUAAGCCAUACAACCCCCCUAGCUGAUAGGUAGACUAUAAAGGCCCGUUUUCCCAGUCAAAGCACUAUAUUUUCCUCACGUAUGCGAUCACCUCCCUAUGGCACGAGAUUACCAAAUCGUGGCAUUUUUGAUAGUCACUAAUGGGUUGGUCUAGUGUUUACUGUUACCAAACUAAUUUUACAAUAAGUUAUUUUCUAAAUUUCAAUUGCCUAAGAACCAACCUUGAAUUUUCUUCAAGCGCUGAGAAGUAAGUGUACAAGCCUUACCACAAAAUGUGUUUUCGAUUUACAAAAGUAGCCCUACGUAAACUCAACUUGUAAACAUCCCUGAAAGUAAGUUACGUUUACCUUCUUGUUUGAUGUAGGGGCAAGCUGCUGCGGCUACAUUGAACGAAACACAGAAGGAUAUAAAAUUAGCUACCGAGAAUGCAAUCGCUGAGUAAGUAUAAGUAGUUACUAGAACUAACAAUGGGGAUGUUUUUCACCAAUUUUAUUGUCAUUGUCCUAUUUCCAAACCAAAUUUCGAAUGUGCGAGAUUGUAGUGAGGUUGAUUAUUCCAUACAAUUAAUUCUCAUAUUCAGUAACACUAAACAAACACGUGUACAGGUGAACUUUUUUCAAAUAACAUUUAACAACGAAGAGGUAUGGUGAGGAGAAUGAGAGCACAGUUAAUUACAGACAUAUAUUUCCCUCAAAGUUCAUAUUUUUAAAACUAAAGCUGGUGUUGCAACAUGAUUGGCCGUUCCUCGUAAUUUCUAUUUCCCGUACUGUAAUUCGCAGCAAGUUUAUUUCUUUGGGUAUCGCGGCUUCCCCUAUUAAUACGUUUUUUCUUACCGGUCUUUCCCAAAUAGCUGCUAUUCUUGUUUUAACAAAUUAAGAAAUCAGUGUAAUCGAUUACGAUAAUAAGACUAAUCAUAAAUCAGUGUUAUUGAUUACGUGAAUAACAGUAGUAUAGGAGGGAUGUUUUACGCUGUUUUUUUUGCGCAGGAAUCUCAUUAGCGUGCGCAGGAAUAAAUUAACGCCAAUGACGUCAUAACCUUUUGUCUUGAUCUCAUGAAUAAAAUGCGUAGGAAUCUCAUUAAGAUAAGGUCGUGUGUUAUUUUUAGUUGGUUCAGGUUUUCUAGUUACUUUAAUGUCGAUAGACGUCUUCCUUUUCGAUUGGUUAGUUAGAAAAAUAAGAAACGUUUUCAUUGGUUAAUUCAUAGUGUCUGAGGAGUAAAGUCAAACUUGUCUGUGACUUAAAAUCACUGAGACGUAACGUAAUUAUGCACUUCCUAUUUCCUGCUGCUGUGAUUGUCUUUGUUCCGGUUCACUGAUUUUUGGCGGGCAAAUCGUGUAUAUUAAAGAGUGUAAAGGCAAACUACCUCUUUUUUACGCUGCAAGCAAUGUUUUACUUACCCCUCUCCUUUUCAUUUUUUAUUUUCCUCCUCCUCCACAAUUUUAUUAUUUUCCUUCCUCAAUUUUUUUAUUCCCUCCUCCUCCUCCUCCUCCUCCUGUUCAUUUUUAUUGUUUUCCCUCCUCCUCCUCAUUUUUAUGGUUUUCCCUCCUCCUCCUCCUCCUCCUCAUUUUGAUUGUUUCCCCCCUCCUCCACCUCCUCCUCCUCAUUUCUAUUGUUUUCCCUCCACCACCACCACCACCACCACCGCCACCACAUUUUCAUUGUUUCCCUCAAAAGGCCAAAGAGGCCAAAAUCAGGCCUAAAAGGCCAAACUCAAGGAGGGAAAUAAUAAAAAUGUGGUGAUGGUGAUGGAAGGAAAACAAUAGAAAUGUGGCGGUGGUGGUGGUGGUGGUGGUGGUGGAGGGAAAACAAUAGAAAUGUGGUGGCGGUGGUGGUGGUGGUAGUGGAGGGAAAACAAUAGAAAUGUGAUGGCGGUGGUGGUGGGGGAAAACAAUAGAAAUGUGGUGGCGGUGGUGGUGAGGGGAAAACAAUAGAAAUGUGGUGGCGGUGGUGGUGGUGGAGGGAAAACAAUAGAAAUGUGGUGGUGGUGGUGGUGGUGGUGGGAAAACAAUAGAAAUGUGAUGGUGGUGGUGGAGGAGGGGGGAAACAAUCAAAAUGAGGAGGAGGAGGAGGAGCGAAAACCAUAAAAAUGAGGAGGAGGAAGAGGGAAAACAAUAAAAAAUGAGGAGGAGGAGGGAAAACAAUAAAAAUGAGGAGGAGAAGGGAAAACAAUAAAAAUGAGGAGGAGGAGGAGGAGGAGGGAAUAAAAAAAUUGAGGAAGGAAAAUAAUAAAAUUGUGGAGGAGGAGGAAAAUAAAAAAUGAAAAGUAGAGGGGUAAGUAAAACAUUGCUUGCAGUGUAAAAAACAGCUAGUUUACCUUUACACUCUUUAAUAUACACGAUUUGCCCGCCAAAAAUCAGUGAACCGGAACAAAGACAAUCACAGCAGCAGGAAAUAGGAAGUGCAUAAUUACGUUACGUCUCAGUGAUUUUAAGUCACAGACAAGUUUGACUUUACUCCUCAGACACUAUGAAUUAACCAAUGAAAACGUUUCUUAUUUUUCUAACUAACCAAUCGAAAAGGAAGACGUCUAUCGACAUUAAAGUAACUAGAAAACCUAAACCAACUAAAAAUAACACACGACCUUAUCUUAAUGAGAUUCCUACGCAUUUUAUUCAUGAGAUCAAGACAAAAGGUUAUGACGUCAUUGGCGUUAAUUUAUUCCUGCGCACGCUAAUGAGAUUCCUGCGCAAAAAAAACGGCGUAAAACAUCCCUCCUAUACUACUAAUAACUCAUCUCCAUUAUGUUGGUAAUUUGUAUAGAUCUUCCAACAAUGGUGAUCACGAUGCCUUGAAAGGUGAAGUCCUUCUUCGCUUCAAGACUUGCUUGGAGAUUUUUAGGGAUGUUUCUAAGUCUCGUUGCAAUUUUGAACUUCUGGUGGACUGUUUACAGAGCAUCGCGAAGUGCAUCUCAUUUCUUGGCCAGCUGUCCAUGACAGGGGAAGAUCAGACAGGAGGUCUUGAAAGAAUAGAGCAAGUGGUGGAGGAGACCUUUGAAAUUGUCAUGAAGUGGCUUAAGGAGUCAUUAGAAAGCAAAAUUCCUUGUUACCGCAUAAAGAAAGCGGAAUUAGAAUUAAAGGUGCGUCAAAGGUGUUUUGUCUUGUAUUUGUUUAUCAUUUGUAUGUGGAAGAACAAAUAAAGUAAAGGCAAUCCGUUAUUACAGAAGGGGCUUUUUGCCCCAUAUAAUUUUCCCUUUAGCGUUGUUAGUGACCCGAGUUGUUAAAUAUGUUGUGCAAAAACACAACAUAAAAGCAUACACAUUUAGCCUUCAUAAUGUUACCAGUAAGCAAGCACUUUAAAUCUAGCUAAAAGAAUCAAGUUCACUGAGAUUUCUGUCACAAACAUGUUCAGGUUACUUUCAUCUUUCAUGAAAUAUUCAAAAUAUACAAUUUUAGAAGUGGACAAAGUUGUUCGCCCUUGAAUGGGGAGUUAAACAGUGCGAAGACAUCUGGAGUGAUAGCUUGUCACGGGAACUGAAACAGCGUUUGGAAGAGGCAAGACAACUCUAUUUCUUUUGUAUUACAUAAUUAUCGUUUACUUAGUAACCUGCUACAGUGAAACCCUCUAUUAAGCGGACAAUAAGCCGAAUCCCGAAAGUAACGUCUUACAUUUCCCUUUAUAACAAACCCCUAUUCAGCGGAAGCGGACACUAAAAUAAAUUGUAUUUGGCUAGUUUCUAUUGUUAAAAACCUCUAUUAAGCGGACACUGGACUGAAUUGACAAUAGUAGUUCUGGAUUACGUCCUUGAAAUACGUACUAUAGUCGAUUAAUAAAGAUAAAUCAAUACAUUUAGCUGUCAAUAAACUGUAGAUUAGACCAACAUCCGGUCGAAUGAUUGUCAUCCGCGAUCACUGAAGUUCACCGAAACGUCUUGCACAAAAUACAGUAAAGCUAUUCACAAUCAAAUCCUUCCUUAACAACAUGGAACUUUAUCAAAGUACAGAGUAACCGUUGAAUGUUAAUCGUUAACAAACAUUGCGCAAUCUUUACAAACCUCUAUUAGGCGGACACCCUAAUAUAGGUGUCCGCUUAAUAAAUGGUUUCACUGUACCAGUAAAUGACGUUAGUGACGUUGACGGGCGGGUCUCUCAUAAGGAACACGAGAACCUCAUCUCAAAACUCUUUGGAAAUUCCAGGCAGGAACACUUAUCAACAAUUUAGUUUUAACGUGUAAAACAUUACAGUGAUCGCUGUAGCUGGAUCUCACACACAAUAUUGCUGCGUCUGAGGUUAUGCACGUGAGUUGGAUUGCAUUUAUUCGAGAAGUAAAAUGUAAAAUUGCCGCUAAGUUAUAGCUACGAAAACGAGAAAUGAGAGGAAUGUAUUAGAUGCAGUUCCGCGCUUGUAGGGUUCGCCGUUUAAAACAGUCUAUGAGCAAUAGAAGUAAGAGCAUCCUUAGUGACAGUAGGAUCAAUAAUAUGUAUCUCUAAAUAAAAAUUGCCUUGUCACUUAAGGUAUUUUAAACAUCAUCUGUCUUACUUUUAUUUUUGUAGUGUCUCUGUAAUGACCUGGUCGAAGUCUUUACCAAAGCUAAUAUGGCAGCUCAUCAUAACUUUGUUCAAGACUUAGUGUCUAAAAUAACAUUCGGAAAAGUUGAAAGCAUGCUUCAGGUGACGUAAUGUGUUUGGUUGCCUCUGCUCUCUAUAGUAUCGAUAGUACACUAAAGAAAUUUUGAUUUAGAAAUCAUUUCACUUCUCCCCGGUACAAAAGUCAACCUUUUCAAUCGGUAGGGGGUUAAAGGAGAAUUUAAUUUUGUGAUAUGCUUUUAAUAUUUCGCUAAUUGGAAGUUCGUAUAUUCUGCGGCACUUGGAUUUUGUGAAACUGUAUCCAAACUCACUUAAAUUUUUAACCAUGUGAUUCAACAUUGCUUGAAUUUAGGUAAAACGAAUUCGAACAUAGCAACCAAACAGUCAGUAACCGUUCAUAUCUAAUAUCCUACAGUUUUAUUCAUUUUCUUAUCCAUUUACUGCGAAACAUGCUUAAUCAAUGUGAAGGAAAAGAUACCUGCACUACUUUCUGGCAUUUUUCAAAUCUCAUGAGACUUGUCUGUUUCAAAAAAAGCAAUAUUAAUGACAUUCACUUCAUUUUCGCGUUAUCAUAUGUUUGCGGCACUUAAUUUCUGAUUUGUUUUAAAUCGCGAAAAUCUUGUUGAAUUCAAGAAGGUCGCAAAAGCCACAAAAGCAAUAACGGUUAGUGAACAAUUACUGUAACAUGUGGUCAGUUUGAUUUAUCUCUUUUCAUGAUUUGUUUGUGUGCUGCUCUUUGUCUUUAGAUGGAAAACGAAGGAGAGAAGGUGUUCCACUGGCUGUCAGAGUACGGCCUUGAUUCUCCCCAAGCCGAUGAGUGUGGCGAGCUUCUAACUCUGAUGCUUACACGUUGCUGGCCUCAACCACAAGGAAGCAUUUCAUGCUCAAGUAAAACAAGUCUUCGGCACGUUCUGACCUGGAGGCUAUGGCCCUGUUUCUUUCGUAGAUUCGGUAAUAAUUCUGUGCAUGAAAGUUAAUCAGUAGCUUUUAGAAUUGAUUCGGUACGCUUAGUAAGUCGCUUUAUUACUACUUGCUUGGGAGAAUCAACUGCCUCACCAUUUGGCCUGUCAGACAAAUUAAUACUGUUAAGACAGACUCUGGUAAUGAAUAAGUGAAGUUUAUAUAUCCCUCAUCCUUUCCUAACCCUAUCUGUACGACAAAUACCAAUUCAAAUUCCGUAACGAUUUGAUUUUCCUUAUGUCUGUGCUUCUAUUCGUUUGAUGCAUGAUUGUUAUCAAAGGGAAGCAGUGCUGUUUUCCCCUAUGGUUUGUGCAAGACACCAUCAGCAUUCCAUAUUCUUAGACGAAAAUGUGGGUGUUCAUCGACCAAGUUUGAAAUUAAUGACUUGUUCUUGCAGGCAGAUUGACUAAGUAUGAUGUGAGGGUAUGAAUAUGAGUAUGUGAAUGGGUGGAAAAGACCGUUUUGUGAACUCGGUAUUUCCUUACAACAGCCGCGUAAGAAGCUACAUGUACACUGAGCCCUCGGUGCGAGCUUGGGCUACCUUUGUCAUAACAUUUGGAUGACUCCAGGUCUUCUUUACACUAAAUAAGUCAUUUAACCCUAGGGUACCAUUCUGGACAGUUGAAGGAGCUCGUAUGAUGAAAUGUCUUUCCUUGAUCGUUUUAAAUAUUUGUGAAAAUAUGCUUCAUCCACUUAAAUCCAUGUUAAACACAUUGUUAUUUGUUGUGAAAGUCUCUUUGGCACAAGCAGUUGUUCCCGUCUUUAACAAUUCUACGGCCAAGAGAACGCUUUUUCAGCAUCUUUUUAAGUAGUGAAUGUCAUCAUUUAUUGUCAUAGCGACGUCUCCUGGCUUAGUUUUUGCUGUUUGUGCUAUCGUCACAUUUGCAUAAUCGUGUGUUGGUUAUCGUUGGCAUGACACGUUUUUCGUGAAAUUGUAUGUCUUGCUUUUGUAGGGCGUGAAUCUGAUUUUCGUCGAGUGCUGAAGGAAGAUGGACAGGAGAUUUUGAUGUUGGCGCUUUCAUCUUUAGAAGCUGCAAUCAAUGGUGUUUUGGACAGUUCCAUAGAAUUUGAGUUAUUAAAACUAGUUCUUGAUCACUCCGACCAAUUUUUGAUACUUUCUGAGAAAAUAAAAAAAAAAUCAGCGCUAAAGAAGUCUUUAAAUCAGCGCUACAUGGAAUUAACUGCAUUUGAGGAGGAAAGGCAGAACGUCUCUUCUUUUAUAAGGAUGUGCAAACCCAUUUGGCAAGGUAAUGUUAUACUUUUUAAACAUUUAUAGUGUAGGCGGGCUCGUCUACUUCCAUUGUGAUCUCGAAGGGUGUGGUAGGCUUUCCUGGUCUUACAAUGAAUACACGUUAUUAAUAGUAGUUCAAUCAUGUCCUGUUUAGCCGCCUAAUAAAAUGGGUAUUGGGUUAGGGUUGACACUAACCCUAAUCUAAGCCUAAUCCUAACCCUAACCUUAACCCUAAAACGGCAUUCUCAAAAAAAGAUAGACCUCGACCCCGGCCCCGCCCCGGCCCCGUGUUUUACUAACACCCUCUAAAUUUUUCGAAAAAUUCAGAAAUUGUGAACUUAAAACGAAAUUUUAAUAUGCCCUAAACGUUUCAGUGCUCAGAGUUCUCGAUACGAUAAACAAAUAAAACGCCCAAGAUUGCACUUUGUCACUCAUGAUAUUAAUAGGUAAAAGGCGAAGGAAAUGACUAAAAUUUGGAAAAAACGUAAAUAUUACCCUAGAUUCACGAGUAUAAUAUUUAAUCACAGAUACUAAUUUCGCCGUCUUUUCCAAUAUAGAUAUUAAAUAAGUAUUAAAUUUGGGUGACGUCAUCGUAUAUCCAUAUCUGGUUAUGGCCCGGACUGGCUCUCAGAUAGACAUUACAGUUUCCAUAAUUUCCAUCCUUCAGCAACACAAGAUUAAAUUGCAAAUUAAGUUAUUUUCUUAAGCUGUCUCUGGUAAACAACCGGUCUCACCCCCCCUUAGGACUGAAAUGAAAUGUCGCCAUCAGACAUUUCACAUUAACGGGCGGGCGGACGGGCGGGCCUGCGGGCCUUUGAUGGGGAAUGGAGAUUUCAGACGCGCGAAAACGCCAAGGGAGCGUUUGCAAGCAGACAAACGCUUUGCAAGCAGACAAAACAGGAGGAUUUUUGUCAACAUUUUUCUAGUAAAGCGGUGAAAUUAGGUAUCGAUUAGAACGUAGUUUCUAAGUAUGUCACAAUUUUGUGUACCCUUGUUUCCUCAGUUGACCUGCACGAUCUGAGUAAAAAGACAGAAAUGGAUGCCUCUCAGAUGCCGAUUAAAGAACUAGCACAGUCGACUAGUGUUCAAGGAAAAGUGUUUCCGGUGGUGACAUUCUUUGGGCUUUCUGCGAAGGCAAAGCAGAUGAUUUCUGCUUUAGAAAAGCUUGCUGAUAGUAUACUUUUACAACAGUUUUUGAGAGAAAACAGCGAGAAAGAGCUAAAAAUGACUGAAAAAAGAAAAGGCCGCAAAAUUGUUUUGCUGAGUGUUAAUGAAGUUGCAGAGUUAGUGUGGGCGCCUUCAAAUGAGCGGCUACAGUCACUACAAGAGAGUCUUUUAAGUGGCACCAUUUCUUUCGAAGAGCUCGACAAGCUCUUUCAAGUGUUUAAGGAUAGUCAAGACCUUGCCAAAGAGAUGAGGCUGCUCAUCUCAAAAAAUGAGAGUCCAGUAAAGGCAAGUGAAGACAAAAUGAAAAAACGCAUUGACCAGAUUGAACGGUACUACCAAUUACGAAACUGCAUUGACGCCGUUUGGGUUAUCCUGGACCUCAAAGAACGUUUUAAUCUUCACGGAGAUUUUCGGUUGGUAGAAGACGUGCGUAACCAGGUUUGUCGAUAAGAUAGUUGACAAGAUUUACACCACAUUGGGUAACUUGAGCUGCUCCAUAAUAACUUUCUUUACCUGGCGGUGUCUUAGUAUUUUCCAAAAGGUGAUUGUUAGCGUACCUAGUUUCUACUCUGCAACACAGACGUUUUUAGCGUCGUCACGCAACUCUCGCUUGUGGGGAAGCGGGUUGCGCGACGAAACUAGAAACGUCUGUGUAGCAGACUAACCUUGCUUCUAGCCUGUUGUUAUUUUACUCAUGUCUAAUCAUGUUAGAGACAAAGGAAAACAAAAAGCUCUACCCAAAAAGUUAAAACUAGCACUAUGCUUGAUGCUUCCUUGCAGCUUGAAGACAUGCAACCGCUAUUGCAAGGUUAUUUAAAACUUUCUCUUUUUCAUUUAACAGCUGACUAAGGAAUUCAAACAGCAACCACUUCAAAGCAUGAAUACUGCUCUACAAAAAGCAGGAAGAGCUCUGUCAAAAAUAACUCCUAACCAUGCAAGAUGUCUAGAUGCUGUCAACAGAUGCCAAGAUUUUAUAUCGUGGUUAAAGGAAAAAAUUAAAGGUAGAAGAGUUGCGAAAUGAGUUAUGUUUUUGCGGCAAGAAUACAUCUAACCAGUGAGAAGAGAAAACAAAAUCGACUUACUGUAUGUGACAGUAUUGAAGCGUUCCGGGCUUCCAUUAAUAGUUACUGUUUAAAAAUCCUUAGAGUCAAACAAGCUGAGCAAUCUACAAAGUUGUUCAAAAGAUUUCCUGGUAGGAUCGCAGAGACUGUUAAAAUGCGGUCAUGGGGACAUACAAAGUGUUGCAAUUGGCGAAGAGUAUAAUGGACGAUUUCCCUAAUGAUUAGCAGAAUUUCGGAGGUUACAGAGUCGUGAAUUUAGGUUUUUCUAGCCUAUGACGUUAAACAUAGUUUAAAUAAGUCAUACUGCCGUCUUUCUAAACUACGGCUGCUAAAAUAACAUUAGCCGUAUUUAUACUAGAGGACGUCUACGACGUCUGAGACGUCCAGUAUAAAUACGGGAAAUAAGGCAGACGCAUUAAACGUCAGACGAAUAAAACGUCUGAAGGUAAGUGCGUCCGAUCGACGCACUUAAAAGAUGAAUUAGUCGUCUCAGACGCUUAAGACGUCUAGUAUAAAAACAGGCCGCACUUAACAGUCAGACGUUUAAUGCGUCUGGACGUCCAAGACGUCUUCUAGUAUGAAUACGGCCAUUGUCACAUUUUUAUCUUAGGCCCCCAACAACUCAAGGUCCUUGUGGAUUUGGCCAUUAUCUCAGCUGGGGAGACAGACAUGGAAACAGCAAGGAUCACGUGUCUACAUACCAGCUGCCUUGGCUUUGCUCCUCUCAUCUUUGACUUGAAAUCUUCUUUUGGAUUUGAUGAAUUGUUAAAAACAUGUGAACGAGUUUGCAAUGCAGUGGAUGCAGACCCCAGUCUUCCUACAAAACUGGUAUGCCUUCUUGUUGUUUGGCAUGACGUUUUGAUGUUUCGGUUUAUAGUGUUUGCGAAAUAAGAAUCACUUGAACGUUGGUUCAGUUAAUACUGAUGGUGCACUUCAGUUUCCUAUUUAACCAUGAUAUUAACUAAGUAAGCGGUGAGUGAACAUGAUGACUUCUCAUAGUUAUCUUUUUAAAAUAAGUUAAUAACACAUGAUUACAGGACUCAUAUGUUUGUGUCAAACUGCCAGGAUUUACAACCUUUAAGCAAGAAGCAAAAACUCUUUGUUUGGAAAACAGAAUUUCUGCUCCGAGACUAAGUCAUUAACUAGUCUGUUUAGUGAGAGAAUAUAGAUAAUUAACGUUUCUUGUUUCUCUAGUGUCUUGUUAACGCCAUUGUUGACUAUUUGAAUUCCAAAUGUCACAUCUGAUUUUACUUCAUUUGCAGAUAGACACAAGCCGUCAGUUAGAGUGGCUCAAAGGAUUAGAAAAGACUCAUGGUUCAGUGGCAAAAUCAUUUCUAAUGGAAGCUAAAGCCAUCAAUGAACAUGGUGUUUACCUUGUUGGCUGCGUCAGUGAAGACGUCGAGAAAUCAAUAGAUACGUUAACUCUGGAUGCUGUGAUCCAGCUAAAGUUACCCGCGGAUGAGAAGAGAUUCACUCUCGACGACCUGAAAGAUUUGCAAAGUAAGCUGAUGCUCAUUGCCGCCAAACCUUCGCACGGUAAAGAAGACGUGGAUAGAUUUGUUGAUGUAAGUUUAUUGUCUACAUUUUAGGCAAGCGGGCUGGGGUUUGUUCAUAUUAAUAUUCAAAUACUAUAAGGAAGCCUUGCUCUCACGGCUCUCGCGCUCACCUUUGUCGGUCUCUAUAUCUCUUUCAGUCCUCACUAUACCAGUGUUAGAUGUCUUAGGGAUCCCACCUUUCACUUACCGAAGUCUUUCUUGUUUUUUCGACUAUGAAAUCAUAAAAGUAAUGAAAUCAAAGCAUACUGAUUUUUUAUUGCCUAGAUAAAUAACACUGUCUUUCGAAUUUUUUUCAAAAUUGAUAGAUUCUGCAAUGUGUCCAGCGACUUGCUACAGUGUACAUCGCACUUCGCAAAGCUGGAGAAGUCAGCCAUCUCAAAUGGAAAUACGAAUUUCAGUGUACACCUCGGCUUACUAUCAGCCGCUCUCUAACAGAUGAUUUGGUGAAAAAAAGCGAGCAGAUGGAGCAUUGUCUUCAACAGUGGAAAGACGAGUUGCAUGCCAAGCGUAUGUUGUAUAGUGAAUUGAAUCAUUUCACCACCCCGCAGUUGUUGGUCCUUCGAAGGCAGCUGGCUGAGGUUCAGGGAAGAGGUCCCAAGGCUGUCGAUAGCAUUCCUCUUAAAGUUUAUAACCUUUUAGAGAGUGUGUUGCCGGGCGUUGAGCCAGUCAUUCUCAAGUCGGUGCUUAUUUCGCAGUCGUCACACGUGGAGAUGUUUCAAACGUUAGUGUCCAAAUUGGAAUCAAUUGGUUACCCCGCAGAGGCCGAGAAGAUUGCCAUAGCAGCAUUGAAUUCAUCUAAAGAGGCCAGCGAAGCAGAUCUUAUUGUAUGGUGUGUGGAAAACGCCAGCAACAAAAAUGUAAUUGAUGCCAGUUACUCAGAAGCUCUCCAUGACCCCAGAUAUUUGCCGCUCCUCUUUAAAGACCUAGUCGCUCCUGUUGAAGAAGGAAGGUAAGCUAUCUACGGGAUGGUGAGUUUCAUUUGUGCAUAUUUCCUUAGAUGGCCCGGGCUCUCAGAGAGUUAUUGGACAUUUCGAGCAAAUCUUCAGGAAAGUGGAAUAUCCGCUACAGAAUUGAAGACACGAAAUAGCGAAAUGACUACAUUGUCUUUAUCAUGUCAACCAGAAUAGACAAUUAAUCUUUUUUUCUCUGUCCAAUGAAAUGUUGUUUUGUCAAACUAAUUAUCUUGUAAUAGUUUUAACUGAAGGCACCAUAUAUGUUGUGCUUAAUUUUCUAACCACAAAAUGUAGCGUAAACUGAGUAACAAUCGUUCAUUGCUUUGCUUGUAAUUGUUUUCUGCUUUUUAAGUCCUUCUGAGGACAUGAUGAUUGAGCCAGAGGAAGUUUCACAACCUAUGGAAACUGCACGUUGUUUUGACCAGACCGCGGGCGGGGAGUUCCUGAGCCUUGAUGAGCUGGGAAAAGUUCUAAGCCAACUUGCUUCACAA